UUCGAAAUCUUCCCCUCCGUAUGAGAAGUAUGCGAGUGUGCGUCUAAUCACUGGCAGCAGCAGCAGCGCGUCGGUUUGGCAUCGGUUCCGUAGGAGUAGUAUGGUCAGUCUGUUACGGAACUUUACAUCAAACUCGGGUGGACGUUUCUUUGAUGAAUCAUCGAGAAUGGACGACAGCAGAACGAUGCUCGAUCCCAUCCUAGCGACGGAGGAUGACGACAGCUUUCGACCGCUCCGCACCGUUCCAGCAUUCAGCAUUCAUCUGCUGAUAUCGAGCUGUAUUUCCUUGACCGGAAUCAUUCUAGCGGCUACAUGGGAGGAUAGCCGACGAUGUGAGGCUUACUUUAUAAUGCUUUAUUUACGAGCCGCGUUUUGGAUUAUUACCUACCUGUUCGAUCACAUCGUGCGGGCACAUCACGAAAAGUUAAGGCUGAACGGCUAUCACGAUUUCCACCGUGCGACCGACCAGCACAAAGCCGUGCCGCUACAGAUAGUGUCGCUGUGGAACACGUUCCUGCUCGCGAUUCAAACGCUGAUUCAGCACUACUACGGUGACGCAUUCGGCGAGAAGUGCAUCGCGGUCGGUUUGCUGUCCCCGAUUAUUUACAUCACCGCCUUCUCCGGGUUGGAAACGGUUGUGCUGUGCAUCGUCAAUGGAAGCUACAUUGCUGCUGUACGGCGAUUUAAUCGUACCGCUUCACCGCCGGACGCUUUGCAGGACAACCGUGGCUUCAGUGGUGGCUCGUUGGGACUUACCCAGCGUGGCCUGAGCACGGCCGAGCUGCUGGAGAAGCAGGCGGAUCUGAUCAAGUACUUGAAGGAUCACAACUUGAAGCUGAAUCAAAAGAUAAUGCAAAUGAACGCCCAGGUGCGAACGGUCACGUAUCCUGGUUGAGGUGGAUGGGGAGCGUGUUUUUUUUGGUAUGGUAGCGGAUUAAGAACAGGGUAAUAGAAAAAAAAAGUUUUCGUUUUCUACAUCACCAAACUUGGAGUUGGUGGGUUGUGAAAUGCACAUUGGACUGAAGCACUUUACGCAACUAUCCCUACUUCUCUCCUAUGAACAGGUUCUCCAUCGAUUAGUGUCGGAGCAUAGGAAGUAUAUUGUAGUUUCUUAUUUCCAAAGUAUGUUUGUCUUACGUUCUCCAAAGCAUGUUUUGUGUGUCAGGUCAGUUUAGUAGUGCCCACUAUUAGUUCGAUGUAAUUCAUAUGUUCCAAAAUUGGUAUUUAAGAAAGAAUUCCUCUUGGAAUCUGAGUGAUAAAAAGAAACAGUCGUUAAAUAAAUACUUACGAACUAUUGCGAAUGGAA